ACCAAUCGGCGCUAUCUCUACCGGAAGCGUUGUGAAGUGAAGGUUGAUGCAAACAUGGGGGUAAAGUUAGAGAUCUUCCGGAUGAUGCUGUACCUGUCCUUCCCAGUGGCCAUGUUCUGGGUCUCCAACCAGGCGGAGUAUUUCGAGGAGUACGUGGUGAAGAGAAAGCGGGAGAUCUACCCCCCAGAUGAGAAGAUGCAGAGGAAGGAGCUGGAGGAGUUUAAGGAGAGGAUGCGCAACAGGAAGGAGCAGAGGCUGCUGAAGCAGAUGGGUGUGAGUGAAUCCCAGCAGGACUGACCCGACACGGCUCCGAGACGGACGGGGCAGAGCAGCGCCUCUGAGCCCUCUUUAACCUCGGCGGCAUGGGUCCAGAGCACUGCUGAGCUGGGGGACUGGCUGCAGUGAAGACAGCCCGAUUUCCAGUACUUGUGCCCUGUGCUGUGGGCUACAGUUCCUUCUGGUGGGGUUUUACAAAGUCAUGGUGCUGUUGGUGCACUAGCUCUUCACAUGAAAGUCAACUUAGUUCUCCAACUACAACCCUUUCGGCUUUGACUCCCAACUCCCUUUGUGCAGCAGUUUGGUCCGGCUCAUGUUUUCCCAGCUUUGUCAGCAAUGGCUUUGGUUCACAAGAAGCCGUAAAAGCCUGAGCAGCUCGUUUGCGUUCUCUUGUUAUCGUCUCUCUAUGCAGUUGGACCCAGAGCAGUGUAACAAGCUUUAAAUACAGGAUGCAGGGCUUUGGAAAGAACUGCUUGGAAAACCUGGAAACGAUCAGACAGCUGUGCAGUGGGAGCUUGGUCUCUCUGUAUUGAAGAAAGGGUGUUAUGAUAAUGUUCAGGAAUGUCCUAGAAGCUGAAAGCUUGAUACAAAGUAGCUUCAAUCUUUAGGAAUGUGGCCCAAGGGAAUAGCAAAUUCAUGUAAAUAUAAAAUGCAGUUAUGUAUUUUUCUUAAAACAUUGGUGUAAAUGUGUUUUCAUUAAAGUUUUUUUUCUCACCCAAGAGUUCUAACAUA